AUGAGCAUUCGGACCGCCGGGAAAGCAGGUUCCUGGUAUGAAGCCUCUCCCGACACUCUCGGAAAUGAGCUCGACAGAUACCUGUCCGAGGUUCCCGAAACCGUGGAUGGCUCAACACUCCCUGUACCGGGGGCAAGAAUAAUCAUUGCACCCCACGCGGGAUAUGCCUUCUCUGGCCCUUGUGCAGCGUGGGCAUACAAAUGCCUGGAUCUCACCACGGCUAAACGCGUGUUCGUGCUCGGCCCCUCUCACACAUACUAUCUCGACGGCUGUGCCGUCACCACAUACAGCAAAUACGCCACGCCGUUCGGUGAUUUUACUGUGGAUCGAGACACCGUCCAACGUGUCAAAGAAGCGGCUCAAAUGGACGACAUCCCCCCAUCGCGAGACUCGGCGGAGCACUCGUUGGAAAUGCACCUCCCCUUCCUGUACAAACGGUGCGAGCAGACCUUCGGCUCACCGCAAAACUUCCCCGCCAUUGUUCCCAUUCUGAUUGGGGACAAUAAUCGUGAUGAAGAAAAGGCCGUGGGGCAGGUCUUGGUACCAUAUCUGAGGGACGAGGAAAACGCCUUUAUAAUCAGCUCCGACUUCUGCCACUGGGGAGCUCACUUUCAGUACAUGGUGUAUUCGCCGGAAAACGAUCCAGCACAGUUGAUCAGCCUUCGCAAGGGGGACAAGGCACCUGUUGGACCGCCGAUUCACGAAACCAUCAGACUCCUGGACGAGGCGGCCAUGGAUGCCGUCAAGAGCGGACACCACGAUGCAUUUGUGGAUAAUCUCAAGCUGACGAAGAAUACAGUCUGUGGGAGACAUCCUAUCGGCGUGGCCAUGGCCGCGAUGGAGCUUCUCUCCGGGGAGGUUGCUGAUCAAAGGAAAUGCCGGUUUCGCAUUACUCAGUAUCAACGCAGCAACCUGGUUGAGAAGCCCAGUGAUUUCAGUGUGAGCUAUGUGUCCGCCUAUGCUGUGUUGAAGUGA